AUGGAAUUGCCGAUUGUGAAAGCCACAACAGCGGUGCUUGCUCGUGUCUCGGCCGCGUUCAACGCCCCUCUUUCCUGUUCGGUCGUUUUCGGGGUUCAUGUCGAUGGAACCCGCUUGAUCGUGGAAGGACUUCUUAUCGCAGUCAUAGUAUUCCAGCUUUCCAGGAAGAGCUACAAACCUCCAAAGAAGGCGCUGAGCAAAAAGGAGGUUGACGAGCUAUGUGAUGAAUGGGAACCAGAACCUUUAUGUCCUUCGAUCAAAGAGGGCGCCCGAAUCGACGCUCCAAUCUUGGAAAGUGCUGCUGGACCACACACGACAAUUAAUGGGAAAGAAGUUGUGAACUUUGCAUCAGCAAACUACCUUGGUUUAAUUGGCAACGAGAAAAUUGCUGAGUGUUGUGUUGGCUCGUUGGAGAAAUAUGGCGUUGGGCCAUGUGGUCCACGUGGCUUUUAUGGAACAACUGAUGUGCACCUUGACUGUGAGGCAAAAAUAGCAAACUUCCUUGGAACGCCGGACUCCGUUCUGUAUUCAUAUGGGAUAUCUACCAUAUUCAGUGUGAUACCUGCCUUUUGUAAGAAAGGAGAUAUCAUAGUGGCUGAUGAGGGCGUUCACUGGGCAGUGCAAAAUGGUCUCGAUCUAUCAAGAAGUACUGUUGUUUAUUUCAAGCAUAAUGAUAUGGCUUCACUCGCUAGCACGUUGGAAAAACUUACUCGUGGAAACAAAGGUAUUGAGAAAAUUAGAUGCUACAUUGUUGUGGAAUCUAUUUACCAGAAUUCUGGUCAGAUUGCCCCAUUGGACGAGAUAAUCAAAUUGAAGGAUAAAUAUCGGUUCCGUGUUAUUCUCGACGAGAGUCAUUCAUUUGGCGUGCUUGGCAAGUGUGGACGGGGCCUUGCUGAACAUUACGGAGUUCCAAUUGACAAAAUUGAUAUUAUUACUGCCGGAAUGGGAAAUGCAUUAGCUAGUGAUGGUGGGUUCUGUACAGGAAGUGCCAGAGUUGUUGAUCAUCAGCGUCUAAGCAGCUCUGGCUACGUGUUCUCUAACUCUCUGGCUCCCUAUCUUGCCACUGCUACUGUUUCCGCUGUAAACUACCUGGAGGGAAAUUCUUUGGUUCUCAGUAUCCUAAGGAGCAAUGUUGCUCUUGUGCAUAAAGGACUGUCAGGUACUCCAGGGCUUGAAAUUUGUAGCCAUCUUCUGUCACCUAUGGUAUUCCUUAAGCUCAAAAAACCAACUGGUUCCCUAGCCGCCGACCUUGAUCUUCUUGAAACCAUUGCCGAACAGGCUUUCAAGGAAGACUCAGUUUUCAUUGUGGCAUCCAAGAGGUCAAGUUUGGACAGGUGCAAGCUUCCGGUUGGGAUUCGCCUAUUCGUAUCCGCUGGUCACACGGAAUCAGACAUCUCAAAAGUAUGUUCAUCCUUGAACAAAAUUUCCUCGUCGGUCCUCAGUUGA